AUGGCGGCUCUAUGGAUGGCGCGAUGCGGUGUCAACGCCCGUAUUAUCGAUACCAAUAUCACGAAAACCUACAGAGGCAGAGCCGAUGGUCUCCAGCCUCGCACCACGGAGAUUCUUGCAUCAUUCGGCAUUGCUAAAGACAUUCUGGAGACCGCUUGUUCUGUGCACGAGUCGACUUUCUGGGCCGAUGACGGUGAAGGUGGGAUCCAGCAUGUGGUACGAGUCUCCGAGUGGUCUCCUGAUCUAGGACGAUACCCUUUGAUCACGACUUGCCAAGGUCGAGUGGAGCGCUGCAUGCUGGAUGGCAUGAAACACUACAACAAUCUCGAAGUGGAGCGUGGGGUUAAGGCCGUGGACCUUGAAGUGGAUGAGUCUACAGUCGAGGACCUGGAUGCCUUCCCCAUCGCCGUUACUGUUCAUCAUCUGCCUGAAGAGGAGUUGUUGGAAGCAUCUACGCACCAGACCAUACCGCAGCCUGGGGACUUCAACUAUGAAGCCGAAGAUGAUGCUUACAGGACUCGUCACCUUAGCGGCAAAGAAGGCUCGAACGAGACCAUCAGGGCCAAGUACGUGAUUGGGGCGGACGGGGCCCGUAGCUGA